AUGGGAGGCUGCUACUCCAUCCCCCCUUACUCCGACUCCUUCCCCGGCCGCAACAAGAAGCACUCGCGCCGGAGCAUCCGCUGCCUCCCCUACACUAACGAAGACGAUGACGACGGAGACGAUGACGAUGAAGAUUUUGACUCUCGCUCAGCCUCCCCCAUCUCCAUCCUCGACGCCCCACCGGCCGCCGCUGACUUCCUGAAGCGCUACCGGCUAGGGGCCGAGCUCGGCCGGGGCGAAUUCGGCAUCACGCGCCGCUGCUCCGAAUCCGAGACCGGCGAGGCACUCGCGUGCAAGACCAUCUCCAAGCGCAAGAUCCGGAGCAGGGCGGACAUGGCGGACGUGCGCCGGGAGGUGCAGAUCAUGCGCGCGCUGCCGCGCCACCCCAACUUCGUCAGCCUCCGGGAGGCCUACGAGGACUCCGAGUCCGUCCACCUCGUCAUGGAGGUCUGCGAGGGCGGCGAGCUCUUCGACCGCAUCGUCGCCCACGGCCACUACUCCGAGCGCGCCGCCGCCAACAUCGUCAAGACCAUCGUCCAGGUCGUGCAGAUAUGCCAUGAAAAUGGCGUGAUACACCGAGAUUUGAAACCUGAAAACUUCUUGUUUUCUGAUAAAACAGAAGAUUCUCCCCUCAAGGCAAUUGACUUCGGCCUCUCUGUAUUUUUUAAGCCUGGUCAGCGCUUCUCUGAAGUCGUAGGAAGUCUGUAUUACAUAGCACCGGAGGUGCUUAACAAGAACUACGGGCCAGAAGUAGACGUGUGGAGUGCUGGGGUUAUUCUUUACAUCUUGUUGAGUGGAGUUCCACCUUUUUGGGCAGAAAAUGAUGAGGGAAUCGUGCAGGCUAUUCUUAAGUCCUCCGUAGAUUUUAAAAGAGAACCUUGGCCGCAGAUAUCAGUAAACGCCAAGGAUCUCGUGCGAAGAAUGCUCGAUCCCGAUCCGUCGACCAGGUUGACAGCUAAACGAGUUCUCGAGCAUCCUUGGCUUCAGAAUGCUAACAUGGCUCCCAACAUCUCGCUCGGCGAAACUGUCAGAACUAGGCUGCAGCAGUUCUCAGUGAUGAACAGAUUUAAGAAGAAAGCCUUGAGAGUCGUAGCUGAGCAAUUGCCAGUGGAGGAAGCAGCUGAUAUUAAGCAGAUGUUUCAUAUGAUGGACAAGGACAACAAUGGCAGCCUGACCCUCGAAGAGCUAAAAGAGGGUCUUCACAUAAUUGGGGAUCCUGUUCCAGAACCAGACAUCAAGAUGCUGCUCGAAGUAGCUGAUGUCGAUGGAAAUGGAACUUUGGACUGUGAGGAGUUCAUGACCGUCUCGGUCCACCUCAAGAAGAUCAGCAGCGAGGAGCAAUUAACCAAGGCAUUCAAUUACUUCGACAAGGAUGGCAGUGGCUACAUUGAGAUGGAUGAGCUAAGAGAAGCUCUGCAUGAGGGUGAUGCACCUUCUGAGCAAGUGAUAUGGGAGAUCAUCUCAGACGUCGAUACCGACAAGGAUGGACGCAUCAGCUACAAGGAAUUUGAGCUGAUGAUGAAGUCUGGCUGUGACUGGAGAAAUGGAUCCAGACAAUACUCUAGGCAAUUGUUCAGUAACCUUAGCAAGAAGUUGCUGAAAGACAAUUGAUUGCACAAGGAAAGUUAGGAUUGCUGU